UCCUGUUUGUCUGUGGACAUAGCAAAUGUUUACGUUUUUUCGCCGGUGUUAAUAUUUCAAUUUUAUUUGUGUUAACGCAAUUGAAUCGUGUUCUAAAUAUUAUUUGUUUGCUGUUAAUCGGAUUGUGCAUAUGUGGUUGAUGGUUGAUCGCGUUUAGUUAGUGAUAAUAUCGCGAAAUUACAAUUCAUCAACAAACACUUUCGUGACAUCGCACUGUUUUUCGCUUCGACCAUUGAGUGUCUCCUUGCUGCACUUUUCGGGCUACCGUAGUUUCGCGCAUUAGAGCAUCUCCACCGGUUUAACAUCUUAGGCUAACUCCACCGUGGUUGUCUUGUUUGACGAUUUGAAACGGGAUAACAAGAAGCAUUAUGUCUCCCGUUUGCUCUUCGUGCGCCGGUGACAUUGGCGAUAUGCAAGUCAAAUGUCGCGGAUUAUGCAAAACGAUUUUUCAUCCCCUGUGCCGACAACCCCCUUCGUUGCGGCAACGUUGCCGAUUGUAGUCAUACCCAUGGUUCGUCGGUGACAAUCGUUUGAGUGAAGCAAUGGAGAUUGUCACUGAUCAUGAGUUGGCAAAAACUAGAUGAUUGAUCAAGCACCAUAGUUAUCUGCUCCAUAACGUGAAUAUUGUUACAAAAUCUCUUGUUUGAAUUCCCCUAAUGGUAAAAUAUAUUAUACUUAUAAAAUGAGAUAUUUCUAACAUAGCAUAUUUACAGUUAUAAAUCUAACAGUAAUCUACUGGAAGUGUACUUGAAUAACAUUUCUAAACAGAUCGUUGUCGGUAAGAUUCAGUAGUGCAGAUUCAUGUAUGGAAAUAAUGAACUAUGUUGAAUUAUAGAAACGGGAAUUAAUUCGGGAAGAUCACGUCGUCGUCCUUCAGUACGUUGAUUUGAGUCACCAAAUUUGUAAGUAGCAUAAUUGUAGCAUCUUGAAAAAAUGUGUUAAAAUAAAUUUAUUGAUUCUAGCUUAAAGCACACAGAAAUCAAACAGUGUUGCUAAAUAGAGUGGUGACAAAUUCCACAUUCUUUAAGAAAUUUGUGGUAACUAGGAUGGAUAAUCGUGCACCCCAGCCCCUCACGACCCCUCGGAACUGCCAAUCCUGUGACCGGCCCGAUGCAGCAGAGAGCGAAAUGGUCCAGUGCGGUGUCUGCCGACGGUGGGAGCACUUCGGAUGCGCUGGAGUUGGCGGUGAGGUGAAACAACCGAACGUCAGGUAUGUCUGUAAGCAGUGUUCGGCCAAGCAGGGAACGUCCGGCGGAGGUGCCCUUCUCGCUCCGGGCGAGGAAAAGCGUAAAUCGAAAGGUUCGAAGGCGAGUUCUAAAGCGCAUUCGAAAAAGGGUAAAGUGGUUCCUGACCCGCCGAAAAGUGUGAGCUCCAGCGUUCGGGCAAAGUUAUUGGAGGAAGAAUUGAAGCUGGUUGAGGAAGAACAGCGCUUGAUGGAGAUGGAGCUUCAGGAGCAGGAGGAGAUCAAGAAGCGACAGUUACUUGAAGAAGAGCGUAAGCUUGCGGAAAGACGUCGCCUUGCAGAGGAGGAAAGUUUCCUCCGUGACCGGAAGCUGCAGGAGGAGCUGGAAAUGAAACGGAAGCAGAUGCAGGUUCGCAAGGAGUCCUUGGAGAAACGUCAAGCCAUCAUCCGACAUGCAACGUCGAUGAGCAGCAGAAGCGGUUCAAUUCCGGAUUCAAACGACAAGGUAAACAAGUGGCUAAGUUCGCAGAAGAAUGUUGGAGGAUUGCAAGGACCACCGGAGGGCGACGACAACGACGAAAUACAGUCUGUCGAUCAGGACCCACUGGAUGCACCAGUCAACCCAACAUCUCAGAUUCCCGAUCUCAGCGCGCUUUCAAUUUCGCCGAAUUCUCCGCGAUUCUUGCAUGCAGCAGCUCCAGAGAUGCGAAAUGGUUCCGAUCCAGCGACUACACAUAAUCCGCAUACACUCUCACAAGUUCAAAUUGCCGCGCGGCAGGUUCUUGGUAAGGAUCUUCCUACAUUCGGAGGAAAUCCUGAGGAUUGGCCGAUUUUUAUCACCAACUUCGAACAGUCCACUGCCACCUAUGGCUAUUCGGAUGCGGAGAAUCUGGUCCGCCUGCAGCGGUGUUUGAAGGGUAACGCCUUGGAGUCCGUACGCAGCCGGCUGCUGCUACCAGCAAGUGUGCCGCACGUCAUCAAGACCCUGCGCAUACUUUAUGGAAGACCAGAGCUUCUUAUCCGGUCGCUACUAAACAAGAUUCAGCAAGUUCCUGCGCCCAGACAUGAUCGACUGGAGACGCUGAUCCAGUUUGGACUCUCGGUACAGAAUCUGGUGGAUCACCUGAAGGCCGCCGAGCAGUUGAAUCAUCUUUCGAACCCGGCAUUGAUGCAGGAGCUCGUGGAAAAGCUGCCUGGAUCCCUGCGAUUGGAUUGGGCCAUCUACAAGAACAAGAACCAACUAGCAACGUUGGAAACUUUUGCGGAUUUCAUGUCGGGAUUAGUGACGGCAGCGAGCGAAGUGUCAUUCGAGCUUCCGACACUGGGAGCUACAUCGAGAGGCGAUAAGCGUAAAUCCAGAGACAUCGGGAUCGUUUAUACCCAUUGUUGGCUAUGUUGACAGUUUUCGGCAUAACGAAGAGAAGGAGAAAGCAAUUAGGUCAACAGAGACGUCAUUUAGAAAGAGAGAUGUAAACCGUUUGAACCGAUACACUGAAAAUCAUUUGUCUCUUUUUAUUCUAUGUUUUAUGUUUACGAACCUGAGAGUAGAAGAGAAAUUGUUUUGUGAGUUAGUUUAAGUCGGACCUUCGUAAUAGACAGAUCGAUUCUAAAUAUAAGAAAUAACUAGAAUGAGAAAGUAGUGUAGUGAGUUAGUAACAGAAGAAUAAAGUUAUAGUGAAUAAAGUUCGGUAGUUUGGUGAUUAAAGGUGGUUUUACUUGCUUGGUGAAAUUGGAAUCACUUACCUGGAAUCCCGGACUCGGCCUUUGAAGUGUCGUUGUUAUCGUCGUCGUUGUCGUCGUUGGUUCCCUACGUCGCCGUUGUACUGCAAGCAGAAAGGAGAUCUCGGGGCGAAAUUGCGUUGGGAGAAAAAUAUCAAAACCGCUGGUUGGAACGCAUACGGUAGGUCACAACAAUGGUGCCGUGACCAGGAUUGCGUUCCGAGGAUACGACACGGCAUUGGUGCGGCCAUCAUUGUGGAACAAUCAUAAAAGGAACUACGCCAUACUAGACGAGCUACAACCACGAUCAGUGUCGCCAUAAUUACUAUUAUCACGGGGAUAAUUGAGAGCAGCCAUCACGCCUCAAUUGUUAUACUGGAUGGUUGGCGCUGUUCGAACUACCGAAAGAUUCGAUUGGGAUUGAAGGUUUAAGGCCUGUUUGACAGGCUCACAAGGUGAGUACCUGUCCAAAGAAAUAGUUUCAUCCUUCAUCCCUACCUGUGGAUUUCUCUGUUCCAUUUCUCGGUACUACUGCUGCACACACACGACUCGGGACGAUUACUCCCGGACGAGGGAAGGCGGACUUAGAUCGGAUUUUCCUUAAAUCUUCGGUCAUAUCCGAGAGAUUUUUCGCAUUUUCACUAUUAAUUGGAACAACUACUGUGAAACAACCAUUCCGUCGAAUAAAAGGUGAAAAAUUGGAUCGUUUCUUGAUUUCAUGAGCACUAAGCCCUGCGUCAAUCUAUCUGUUGCUGUAUUGGAUAUUGAAGACCUUUGGACUGAAUUACAAGGCCUGUCAAACAGGUCCACACGAGUUCCUCCCUCGCCAUAUUCGAACGGUUACUGCGGUUGUUGGUGUUACUGCUACGGACGACUAGGAUCACUUGAAAUUCCUCCGGCUAAAAGCGAGACAUUAUCCGGCUAGAUUAUCAUACAAGGCCUGUCGUACAGGCUCACAGGGUGAGUACCUGUCCGACAAUCUAUCUAGCAGUGUAAAGGGUGCUUCUCUCGUGGACAUUAUUACAGAAAUCACGGUACGAACGGACUACCACGUCAUUGAUAUUGAUGCCUUUGAUACGAGACACUGGGGUACGCUGGUUUUGAAAUCCUUGAGCUACUAAAGGAGUUAUUCUGAUUUAACUAUUGCUUAAGGCCUGUCGAACAGGCUCACAGGGUGAGUACCUGUCCAACAAACCAUCCUAGAGUGCGAAACGUGCUUCCCUUGUGAAAUUGCUUCCAGAAUCGUAUCAUCACAUUACUGUAUCGUUAGGGGGAGUUGGUCUUGCUAAGGGAGAUUGGGUGUAACCAACCUUGCGGAAAUUUUCUAUCAUCCCAAAAAAUACAGAAAUACAAGGCCUGUUUGACAGGCUCACAAGGUGAGUACCUGUUCAAACCAUAAAAUUUCUCUCGCAAGGGGUGCUUCGCUUUGUCUGCUUUACAGUACUCAACUGGAUCUUUCAAACGUCAGCUGUUUACACUGUCAACA